AUGACAGAUGAGUACAUCGACAUCCUAAUUAGGUUCCUUGAAACUGUUGGCGGGAUGCCCCGCGCUCACCUCCCAAGUGGUGGGACGAGUUUCGACGCGGUCGCAAUAUCCCUUGCUUCUUCGCUGUUCUUCUCUUUUCCCCAAAGCACAAAACUAAACGUCACUAAGGGCCAAAACCAUGAAGGAAUAUCCCUAUCAUCUGUAAAUGAGCAGCAUGCGCGUGUCUGGCUUUGUGAGUUUAUCGAGAGUGAGGUGCGCCACUGGGUGACGUAUUUAAGGAUGACCCGCGAGGACUAUGUUUUGGCGCAUGGGGUUGAGUCCUCAGGAGCGAAGUGGCCAGAGGAAGCUAGUAAUGAACGGCAGAAGAAACUGGAUAGCCUUAUAUCCGCUUACUGGCAGCUGAACGAAAAGUUUGAUGAUCUUCCAUGGUCUAGGACAGCAGAUGAAGGUGUGGCGGCAGCAACAGCAGCAACGCCAUCCAACGAGGUCACGUCCAAUCUAUGGGACCUCCUGGAGACCUUACAGUCUGCUGUUGAUGAGAAAAGCUUUGUUUGGAAAAGGAAGCUAUUGAUCUCUCCCGAGGCACAGCAAUACGUUACUGCCUUUUCUCUCGAUCUUAAAAGGCGGAGCUUGUUUAUAACGCAAGACGGGCUUAUUGGAAUGGGGCCUAGUUGGUUGAGAAAAGGGGAUCGGGUGAUGCUGGUCAGAGAUGCCAGUGUUCCUUACGUGUUUAGACACGUUGAUGAGGAAUUGAGGCACCAACUGCAAACAAUGGAGAUGAGGGAGGAUUUGUUGAGAGAAUGCUCCGUUGAAAGGAAAUAUAGCUUGUCACGGCAACUCAAGCGGCCCACCCUUGAGAGGCAAAUAUCAGACCUAAACCUGAGAAUUAGCCACCUUCAAUCUGGCACAAAAGAUGGAUGGAUUUUAAUUGGGGAGUCGUACAUUCCUGGUGUCAUGCUAGGAGAGGUUCUGGAAAGAGGCGGUUCUGAAAUCUUUGGAAGGAUUGCCAUACUAGGUUACAUAAAAAAGGGUCUCUUCGUAAUGCAGCUACUCUCAUCCAGUUCCCAUAGCUAA